AAACUCCACACAGAUAGCACCUCGGGAAUUGAACCCAGGACCCCAGCGCCGUGAGGCACCAUGGCCAACCAACCACUGUGUCACUGGUUCACACAGGUACAUACAUGUAUAGAAAUCAAUCUUUCUGCCAGCCUUGGUUUUGUAUUCGUUCUUUUUAUUGAAGUAAUAUUCCUGUGGACAAAUCUACGGUCCCUAGCCGCUUUAAACAAGGCAUUUGCCGACGCUCCCUAACAUUUUGCUGAGAGUCAUCAAUUAUGCAGGGUAACAGCACGCACUGGGAAGGAAGAUAGGAGCAACAAUAUGGCGACAACCGCAGUUUCUCCUGAAUCUUUUCGACAUCUGCAGUCCAGCGACGCCGUUCUGGAUUUCUGUUAACACUUCAAAAAGCUGGCUGUCCUGGAUGGUACCUAACUAAAGAGGAAGUUGCUGCAGGAUGAAAACAUGGCUGCACACCUUCUCGCACCGCCAGGACCUGACAGCUUCCGCAAGUUUACCCCGGAAUCUUUGGCUAACAUUGAGAAGCGCAUCACCGAGGAGAAGGCCAAAAAGCCUCCUAAGCCCGACAGCAGUCACCGUGACGACGACGAUGAGAACAAGCCCUCCCCCAACAGCGACCUGGAGGCAGGCCGCAGCCUGCCCUUUAUCUACGGUGAUGUUCCUUCGGGUAUGGUGGCGGUACCACUGGAGGACUUGGACCCUUAUUAUAUGAAUCAGAAAACGUUUAUAGUGAUAAACAAAGGGAAAACAAUCUUCCGCUUUAGUGCCACGCCUGCCUUGUACUGUAUAAGUCCUUUUAAUCUACUUAGGCGAAUAGCUAUUAAAAUUUUGAUACAUUCAGUAUUCAGCAUGAUCAUUAUGUGUACAAUUUUGACCAACUGUGUAUUCAUGACUUUUAGCAAUCCUCCAGAAUGGUCGAAACAAGUAGAGUACACCUUCACUGGUAUUUAUACUUUCGAAUCAAUUGUAAAAAUCCUUGCUCGAGGAUUCUGUAUAGACGGGUUCACGUUCCUCCGAGAUCCAUGGAAUUGGCUGGAUUUCAGUGUCAUUUCUAUGGCAUAUGUCACAGAGUUUGUGGACCUCGGAAAUGUGUCCGCGCUGAGAACGUUCCGAGUUCUCCGAGCAUUGAAAACUAUCUCUGUCAUUCCAGGCCUGAAGACCAUUGUAGGUGCACUGAUCCAGUCAGUGAAGAAGCUGUCAGACGUGAUGAUCCUGACCGUGUUCUGUCUCAGUGUUUUCGCCCUCAUCGGCCUGCAGCUGUUCAUGGGGAACCUGCGGCAGAAGUGUGUCUUCUGGCCCAUCAACACCACCGGGCUGUACCUGAGCAACGGGAGCCAGGGCUUUGACUGGCGCGAGUACAUCAUGAAUGACACAAAUUUUUACUUUGUGCCUGGACAAAUAGACGCUCUGCUGUGUGGAAACAGCUCUGAUUCUGGUCGUUGUCCUGAGGGAUACACCUGCAUGAAGGCUGGGAAGAACCCAAAUUAUGGCUACACCAGCUUCGACACCUUCGGAUGGGCCUUCCUGGCUCUGUUCCGGCUCAUGACCCAGGAUUUCUGGGAGAACUUGUACCAGCUGACUCUGAGGGCUGCUGGGAAGACCUACAUGAUCUUCUUUGUGCUGGUCAUCUUCGUGGGCUCCUUCUACCUGGUCAACCUCAUUCUGGCUGUGGUCGCCAUGGCCUACGAGGAGCAGAACCAGGCGACGCUGGAGGAGGCGGAGCAGAAGGAAGCAGAGUUUAAAGCCAUGUUGGAGCAGCUGAAGAAGCAGCAGGAAGAUGCCCAGGCGGCUGCCAUGGCAACGUCAGCGGGCACGGUGUCGGAGGAUGCGGUUGAGGACGACGGUGGGGGGCACAUGUCCCGCAGCUCCUCGGAGAUCUCCAAGCUCAGCUCCAAGAGCGCCAAGGAGCGCCGCAACCGCAAGAAGAAGUGGCGGCAGAAGGAGCGGGGCGAGGAGAAGGGAGACAGCGAGAAGUUUGUGAAGUCCGAGUCUGGUGACAGCAUCAAGAGGAAGUUCCGGUUCCCUGGGGACAACCGGCUGGGCAGGAAGUCGUCAAUCAUGAACCAGUCCCUCCUCAGCAUCCCCGGCUCGCCCUUCCUCUCGCGCCACAACAGCCGCAGCAGCAUCUUCAGCUUCAAGGGCCGCUCCAAGGACGCUGGCUCGGAGAACGAGUUCGCCGAUGACGAGCACAGCACCGUGGAGGAGAGCGAGGAGCGCCGCGGCUCCCUCUUCAUCCCCGUGCGCCGCAACAGCUACAGCGGGUACAGCCAGGGCAGCCGCUCGUCCCGCAUCAACCCGCUGCUGCCGCACGGCGUCAAGAGGAACAGCACGGUCGACUGCAACGGCGUGGUCUCGCUCAUCGGGGGCCCCGGGCCCAACAUCCCUGGCGGACGGCUUCUGCCUGAGGUGAUAAUAGAUAAGGCAGCUACUGACGACAGUCCCACCACAGAGGUGGAAGUGAAGAAGAAACACUCAGCGUCCCUCAUGGUGUCUGUGGACCAGCUGAACACCUCCUACGGACGCAAGGACCGGGCCAACAGCAUCAUGAGCGUCAUCACCAACACGCUUGUGGAGGAACUGGAGGAGUCUCAGCGCAAGUGCCCGCCAUGCUGGUACAAGUUUGCCAACACCUUCCUGAUCUGGGAGUGCUGCCCGCUGUGGGUGAAGAUCAAGGAGAUCACCAACCUGAUUGUGAUGGAUCCCUUUGUGGACCUGGCCAUCACCAUCUGCAUCGUGCUCAACACCCUCUUUAUGGCCAUGGAGCACUACCCCAUGACAGAACAAUUCGAGCACGUCCUGUCUGUGGGCAACCUGGUAUUCACAGGGAUCUUCACAGCGGAGAUGAUGGCCAAACUUAUCGCCAUGGACCCCUACUACUACUUCCAAGAGGGCUGGAACAUCUUUGAUGGCUUCAUCGUCAGCUUGAGUUUGAUGGAGCUAGGACUGGCCAAUGUGGAGGGGCUGUCUGUGCUGAGAUCCUUCCGAUUGCUGAGAGUGUUCAAGCUGGCCAAGUCAUGGCCCACCCUAAACAUGCUGAUCAAGAUCAUUGGAAACUCGGUGGGAGCCCUGGGGAACCUGACCCUGGUGCUGGCUAUCAUCGUCUUCAUCUUUGCUGUGGUGGGGAUGCAGCUCUUCGGCAAGAGCUACAAGGACUGUGUGUGCAAGAUCGCCGCAGACUGCGAGCUGCCACGCUGGCACAUGAACGACUUCUUCCACUCCUUCCUGAUCGUCUUCCGGGUGCUGUGCGGCGAGUGGAUCGAGACCAUGUGGGACUGCAUGGAGGUGGCCGGGCAGGCCAUGUGCCUCAUUGUCUUCAUGAUGGUCAUGGUCAUCGGCAACCUGGUGGUGCUCAACCUGUUCCUGGCCCUGCUGCUGAGCUCAUUCAGCGCGGACAACCUGGCGGCCACUGAUGACGAUGGGGAGAUGAACAACCUGCAGAUCUCCGUCAUCCGCAUCAAGAAGGGCAUCACCUGGGUGAAGGCCAAGGUCCGGGUCUUCGCCACCACCUACCUGAAGAAGAAGGUGACCGACGAGGUAAAGCCUCUGGAUGACAUGUACGACAAGAAGCUGAACUGCAUUGCCAAUCACACCGGCGCUGACAUCAACCGCGAGAUGGACUUCCAGAAGAACGGCAACGGCACCACCAGCGGCAUUGGCAGCAGCGUGGGCAAGUACAUGAUCGACGAGGACCGCAUGUCCUUCAUCCACAACCCCAACCUGACCGUGCGCGUGCCCAUCGCCGUGGGCGAGUCCGACUUCGAGAACCUCAACACGGAGGACUUCAGCAGCGAAUCGGACAUCGAGGGCAGCAAGGAGCUGGACGACACCAGCUCCUCAGAAGGAAGCACCAUUGACAUCAAGCCAGAGGUAGAGGAGGUUGCUGUAGUGGAGCAGCCAGAGGAGUAUGUGGAUCCUGAGGCUUGCUUCACAGAGGGCUGCAUCGCACGCUUCAAGUGCUGCGACGUGAGCAUUACGGAGGGCUGGGGGAAGUACUGGUGGUUCCUGAGGAAGACCUGCUACCUGAUUGUGGAGCACAACUGGUUCGAGACCUUCAUCAUCUUCAUGAUCCUGCUCAGCAGUGGCGCUCUGGCAUUUGAAGACAUUUACAUUGAGCAGAGGAAGACCAUUCGUACCAUCCUGGAGUACGCUGAUAAGGUCUUCACCUACAUCUUCAUCCUGGAGAUGCUGCUGAAGUGGGUGGCCUACGGUUUCGUCAAGUACUUCACCAACGCCUGGUGCUGGCUGGACUUCUUCAUUGUUGACGUGGUAGUCAACGCACUGGUGGGUGCCAUCCCUUCCAUUAUGAAUGUGUUGCUGGUUUGCCUCAUCUUUUGGCUGAUUUUCAGUAUCAUGGGGGUCAACUUGUUUGCGGGAAAGUACUACUACUGCUACAAUGAGACCGCUGAGGAAUACUUCGAUUUCAAGACGGUCAACAACAAAACAGAGUGCGAGAACCUCAUUCAACAGAACUUCACUGAGGUGCGGUGGAAGAACGUCAAGAUCAACUUCGACAAUGUGGGAGCCGGCUACCUGGCUCUGCUGCAAGUGGCUACUUUUAAAGGGUGGAUGGACAUCAUGUAUGCAGCAGUGGAUUCCAGGAAGGUGGAGGAGCAGCCCAUCUACGAAGACAACAUCUACAUGUACAUCUACUUUGUCAUCUUCAUCAUCUUUGGCUCCUUCUUCACCCUGAACCUCUUCAUCGGUGUCAUCAUCGACAACUUCAACCAGCAGAAGAAAAAGUUUGGGGGCCAGGAUAUUUUCAUGACUGAAGAGCAAAAGAAAUACUACAAUGCCAUGAAGAAGCUGGGGUCCAAGAAGCCACAGAAACCCAUCCCCAGACCUCUGAACAAGAUCCAGGGGAUGGUGUUUGACUUCGUCACGCAGCAGGUCUUCGACAUCUCCAUCAUGAUUCUCAUCUGCCUCAACAUGGUCACCAUGAUGGUGGAGACGGACGACCAGAGCAAGGAGAUGGAGAACAUCCUCUACUGGAUCAACUUCAUCUUCAUCAUUAUCUUCACCACGGAGUUUGUUCUCAAGCUCUUCGCUCUCAGGCACUACUACUUCACCAUUGGCUGGAACAUCUUCGAUGUUGUGGUGGUCAUUCUAUCCAUUGUGGGGAUGUUCCUGGCGGACCUGAUCGAGAAGUACUUUGUCUCCCCUACGCUGUUCAGGGUGAUCCGACUGGCCCGAAUUGGCCGUAUCCUUCGCUUGAUCAAGGGGGCCAAGGGGAUCAGGACUCUGCUGUUCGCUCUGAUGAUGUCCCUGCCAGCCCUGUUCAACAUCGGCCUCCUUCUCUUCCUCGUCAUGUUUAUUUUCUCCAUCUUCGGCAUGUCCAACUUCGCCUAUGUGAAGAAGGGAGGUGGCAUCGAUGACAUGUUCAACUUCGAGACCUUCGGCAACAGCAUGAUCUGCCUGUUCAUGAUCACCACCUCCGCAGGCUGGGACGGCCUCCUGCUGCCUAUCCUGAACCGGCCCCCCGACUGCACUCUGGACAAGGAGCACCCGGGCAGCCAGGUCCGGGGGGAUUGUGGCAACCCUUCGGUGGGCAUCUUCUUCUUCGUCAUGUACAUCAUCAUCUCCUUCCUCAUCGUGGUCAACAUGUACAUCGCCAUCAUCCUGGAGAACUUCAGCGUGGCCACAGAGGAGAGCGCCGAGCCACUGAGCGAGGAUGACUUUGAGACCUUCUACGAGAUCUGGGAGAAGUUCGACCCCGACGCCUCGCAGUUCAUCGCCUACGCCAAACUCUCGGACUUUGCGGACACCCUAGAGCACCCGCUGAGGGUGCCCAAGCCCAACACCAUUGAGCUGAUCGCCAUGGACCUGCCUAUGGUCAGUGGGGACCGCAUCCACUGCCUGGACAUCCUGUUCGCCUUCACAAAACGUGUUUUGGGCGACAGCGGGGAGCUGGACAUCCUGCGGCAGCAGAUGGAGGAGCGCUUUGUGGCGUCCAACCCCUCCAAGGUGUCGUACGAGCCGAUCACCACCACGCUGCGGCGCAAGCAGGAAGAGGUGUCGGCCAUCGUCAUCCAGCGCGCCUACCGGCGCUACCUGGUGAAGCGGGGCUUUGUGUGCAAGCGAGGGCCGGGGACAAACAAGCUGGAGAACGGGGGGACCAAUCAAGAGAAGGAGGGCACGCCCUCCACUGCAUCCCUCCCCUCCUACGACAGCGUGACGAAACCCGACAAGGAGAAACAGGAGGAGCACGAGGGGCGGGGCAGGAAAGAGAAGGGCAGAAACCAAAAAGAUGUCAGGGAAUCUAAGUGUUAGGAUCUAAUAAUAAAAUACUACUACUAAUAACAAUAAUAAAGCAAAAUUAGAUGAAACUUUCAAACAAGCAAAUCAAAUGUACAGAUUAUUUCAUUUGCAAGUAACGAAACCCACACAAAAUUGUUUACAGACUUCACCGAUGUAUCAAUGCAGAAGAAGCAGCCCCGUUUCUUACAGCUUUGAAGACACUUAACUCGAUUUAAACCAAACAUAAUCAGCUUACUGUGUGACAUUGUUGCAUCAAGACUUGAGGUUUUGAAACCGAUUCUAAUGCGACGGGAACGGGAGAGGAAAUCCUCGCCUCAGCUGACGGCGGACUGCAUUUUUCUCGGGGGGGAAAUCGCAGGAGAGAAACGGGGAAGAGAUGAGAAUGAAACAGGACUCCCGAUUGCCCGUGGGAAUUGGGAUUGCGCCGCGUGGCAAAAACGAGGGAGAGGCAGGGGGGAAAAAAAACAAUCCAAUCUGGGAUUUUCCCAAAGGAAACGGAGCUGCCGGUGGGGGGAGGGGGGCACGUACAGUAAACUUCCAAAGCAAGUCUGAAGGAUUUUAUCUAUCUCGUUUUCCUCAUGCGUCGGGGAAAACGGUAAAAGGAACCACAUAGGACGAAAAACGAGAACCCAGAACUAUCUCAAAAAGGGGGUUUGUUUGUCCCUGGUGAAUAUUAUUGCAUCUUUACAUUAUUUGAGUGGCAAAAAAAACAAAAACAGAAAAAAACAUUUAACAUUUAGCCCAUGUCACAAGUCUUCUCAUCGUAUCUUUGUUAUACCUGCAUAAAAAAAUUACAAAAGAAAUUUUCUACAUGGGCUUUCACAUUGAUUGGGAAAGGGGGGGUCAAUCAGGGUUUUGACUUGGGCUGAAGGGGACUUGCUCAGACCGAUUUCCAAAAAAAACUAAUUGUGCUCGUUCAAUGCAUAGAAAUGACUUGCAUGGAGGCAUGCUUUAAUCAGGAAUCAUGCAUGAGUAACCAUAAUCCACAAGACACUAAUAUGCAGACCACAACAGUGGCUUGACCAUAAGUUUGAGGCUGUCCACUGAAAAAAAUUAAGAAAUAUAGUAAAAAAAUAUCAAUUAUUAUAAUAAUACACGAUAUUGGGGGAAGAACCUAAUAUAUAUCCUGCCCUUCACAAAUAAUAUCCAACUUACAGAUCUUUCAUUCAAAGCCUCAUUAGAGUUUUUGCAGUAAGAGGAGGUUGUAAUCAUUCAGUAGCUGAUGUUCUGAUGUUUGAGUAUACCAACAUUGUGGCACAUUAAAAAAAACAAAAAAUGACAAAAAAGACAAGUA